AUGAAGCAGCUUCAAGUGCGCGGUCGUUUGAGUGGUUCUGUCAUUGUAACUCUAACUUCUAUACAACUCGGAAAUUAUUUGUCUCGUUUGUACGUUUCAGUUAUUAUCUGUACCAAAAUCGAAGUAAAUUCAGAGCAUUUUCGAAGAUUCCAGAUGUCGAUCAUGGAAUCGGAGUCGUGUGCAGUGGUGAUGCCCAGUCGUACACUCAUGUUGACUGGUGUGCCGGCCGAAUUGAACAACAGUAACGAAUUGCACAAAUACUUCAGUAAAUUUGGUCCACUUUUGUGGGUCAAUGAGAGAUACGAUUCGGAUAUGGACGUUGCUGUCAUCACAUUUUUCUCAAUCGCUGAUGCCAUUGCCGCAUUUAUGAGCAGUGAACCCGUUUUGGAUAUCCAUUCUAUACAAAAGACUUGGUUUGAAUACACGAAAAAAUGCGAUGUGUGCCCGUACAAAUACUCAUCGGAAGAGUCAAUCAAACAACAUAUGGAGCUGCAGCAUCCAUCAGAUGGAAAAUUCUGUUCCGACUACGACCAAUUUGCGGCUGGAAAAAGUUACGAAUUGUCGAAUUCCAAGCAACACAAUGGUGACGGGCGAAAUGGAAAUGAGUACGCUGGGUCAACUCGCAGUGAAAUAAACCGACAGUUCGAAAGUGACUAUGAACAUACGAAAAUCUCAACGAAGCAAGAUCUAUUUCGGAAGGACCAUCAACGGACAAGCAACGAAAUGACAUCCCUCAAGCGGAAAAAUAACCACUUGAACGAUGCAUUGAGCUGGACAAUAAAGCAGCGUGACCUCGAACGAUCGGAACUUGGUAGCCUCAGCAAACAACUGGAGUGCAUUCAAAUUGAAAAAGAAAGCGUCGAAGAAUUUCUCCCAGAGAAAUGUAAACAGCUAGGGGAAAAUGAGGUGAUGCUGGAACAGAUCUCAUCAAACUACGAAAUAGUUAAAAGAGACAAGCGAUACGUUGACAACGAAUAUUCAACGCUCAAGCUGAAAAAUGAAGACUUGAGCGGCUCUCUCAAUCGUGCAUUGGAACAACGGAACUUGGCACAAUCCGAAGCUCUCACUCUAAAUACGCAAUUGGAGGCUAUGAUUAAUGAAAAAAAUAGUGUGGAAGAGAUGCUUCGAGCAAAAUGCAACCAACUCGAAGAGCACGAAAUUGAGCUUGCCCGGCUAACCAUGAGCAAUGAUCUGUUGCGAAGUGAAAAAGAACAGCUGGACAAUGAAUUGAACGCCAUGAAAGAUUUGGUGAAUGAAAAGGAACGUAUGGAUUGUGAGAUUUCGUCUCUUAAAUUGAAAAUUGAAGAUCUAAACGCUGAAUUGCGUCAAAUAAAAAUGGAACGUGACUCAGUGGAGUCGGAACAAUUGAAAUUGUUGGUGGCCGAAAACAAGAAACUUGUGCAUGACUUCAAAGAUGAAUGCAAGCGAUUGGAAGAAAAAGACCAGGACUUCAAGUGUGUUUCGAUGAAAUAUGACUUAUUGCUGAAGGAAAAAGACCGACUGGUUGCCAAAUUGAAUGGUAAAAAAGAGCUGCAGGAGAACAAAAAGCGUUUGGCCAACGAAAUUGCGUUGCUCAAGCAAGAAAAUCAACAAUUGAAGGACUCAUUGCACCAAAUGGAAAAAGAGAAAAGUGAAAAAGAGUCGAAAAUUGACACGUUUGCCGAAAAAUUCUCCCUUUGCAAGCGGGAAUACAAAGAUUUGCAAGAUGAAAAGAACAAAGUUGUCGACACGUUAAAAGAUGAGUGCAAGAGACUGGGCGAAAAAGAUCUGGACUUUAAGCGUAUUUCUGCGAACCAUGCGCUAUCAGAAUAUUCCAGCUGA